UUAGGUUUCAAUUUACCACAAAAAAAUAAUUCCUCCUAUCCCCCCAAAAACCACACAGAACUCACAAAUCCCUCACCGGACCCAUCAUCAAUGGCCGCUCUUCACCAAACCACCGCCUCUCUUCAGGCCAAGCUCCUUCCAACCGCUCGAAUCUCCCGAACCACUCCCGUAAACCUCUCCUUCUCCGCCACUUUUCCUUCUCGCGGACUCCGCCUCGUCCAGCACCGCUCUCACGGCGGCGCAAGAAUGUCGGCCACAGCCGCCGGAAGCUACGCUGCAGCACUAGCCGAAGUGGCAGCGUCGAACAACACACUUGACGCCACAAGCAGCGACGUGGAGAAGAUCGAGAGCGUGUUUGCGGAUCAACGGGUGUUCGAUUUCUUCGCGAAUCCUACGAUUAGCGUGGAGAAGAAACAAGCAGUGGUGGAUGAAAUGGCUUCUUCGUCAUCUCUACAGCCGCAUUCAGCAAAUUUCUUGAAGAUCUUGGUGGAUGCGAAGAGAAUCGACAUCCUGAAGGAGAUAGUUACGGAGUUUGAAUUGGUGUAUAACAAGAUAACGAACACGGAGCUUGCGGUGGUGAGUUCGGUUGUGCAAUUGGAGCAGCAACAUUUGGCGCAAAUCGCGAAACAGGUGCAGAAAUUGAGUGGCGCGAAGAAUGUGAGGAUAAAGACGCAGAUUGAUCCAAGUUUGGUGGCUGGAUUCACAGUCAGGUUUGGGAAUUCUGGAUCCAAACUCAUUGAUUUGAGUGUUAAGAAACAGCUUGAGGAAAUUGCUGCUCAGCUUGAUCUUGGCAAUAUUCAACUGGCUGUAUGAAAUUGAAUUGCAAAUGCAUUUUGUGAUAUUUUUUUCUUUUUGUUUUGUUUUUUUUAAUUUGUUGAGUGGUAAUUAAUAAUUAUUGGUACUAUAUAAAUAUAUAUAUAAAAUAUAUAUUUGGUGUAAUUUAUUGGAAUUGCUUAGAAUCCUUAAUUUGGUAAUUUUGUAAA